UGGAACAGCUGUCAUGAACAGGGUGCGCUCAGCGAUGACCCACGGCGUAAUACAGCUUGAGAAAAAUAAAUACAUUCGCGUAUGAUUUCUCUAUGUUUAAUCAUCUGAAAUAAACAGCUAAAAUUAAGUUGUUCAAUAAUCGCAGCGGAAAUCGGAUAUUAGAUGAACUAAACCUUCGUUCAUGGCUCCAGUGAAAAUUAAACAUAUCGUUUCUUACUCCUCUCAGGACCCGAAGAGCAGUGUGGAGAACCUGCUGGUCGGAGACUCUGGGCGCCCCUGGCUAUGCAGUCCCCGGGACCGGAGCGGGGUGCUCAAGGUGGAGCUGCAGCUGGACAGGGCAACGGCUAUCGCGUACAUCGACAUAGGUAACUGUGGCUCGGCGUUCGUCCAGGUGGACGUAGGGCGCUCCUCGUGGGCUCAGGACCAGCCCUAUGUCACCCUGCUGCCCACCGCCACCCUGAUGAGCCCGGCGGAGUCCAGGCAGGGCAGCGGCCGCAUGGGGGUGCGGAUGUUCAAGAGAGCCGAUUUCCUGUCUCUAGGUGCGGAUGAGCGCUGGGAUAGGGUACGAGUGACCUGCAGUCAGCCCUUCAACAGGCGAGCUCAGUUUGGCCUGUCCUUUCUGCGCAUCCGCAGUCCCCCCAGUGUGGACGAACAGGAAGUGCAGGCUGAUGGGACAGGGACAGACAAUCCGAUGUCUCCGGAGCAGCCAGCUUCAAAAAACAUUGGACUUCAAGUUCAAGAAUGGCUGUCCAGUCCUGCUGUUCAGAGGACGGUCUUUGGACAGAAGAUGGGAGAGAGUUCCCCAACAUCCGUCCUUACAGACCAGUGCCUUGGGGAUCGGGGUGAGAAAGCGCCACUGAGGGAGGGGGAGUAUCUGAGCCGGACAGCCCGGAUGCUGAUCACAGCAGCUCGGACUAAUAGGCGUUCCCUUCCUCUGCCCUCCCCCAGCACGGCAUCAUCUGACAUACAGGAUCACAGUGAGUGCAGGCACCUCGCACAGCCCGAAGAGGAAGCUGGUGCCGUCAUUCCUGGCUCUCCAAAAGACAGACCCAUUAGAAGACAGAAGAGAAAACCUGGAUCAAGGAAGUGGCCAGGUCAGGCCAGGGGCGCUGGCCCCUGUAAAGUGGCGAGACCUGCAGCAGAUGAGGAGCCAGCUUCAUCGAGCUCUGUGAAGAGCCGCCCCGCAGGUUCCCCGACGGACGAUUUGGAGACGGGAAUUCCAGAAACCUGCUGUCCCAUCUGUGAGGGAUACUUCAGCCCAGACUACCUGCCCCUUCAUGCCUCUUCCUGCCAGGGUGGGGUGCCGCCUGCUGCCCCGGGUGUGAUGGGCAGUUUCACCCCCCCUCAGAGCCCUGGCUCCGAGCAGGACAUGGUGCCUUGCCCACUCUGUUCCUUCAGAUACCCGCUCGCUGAGAUCCAGCAACAUGCCAGCAGCUGUGGUGACCCAGAAACACCCAGCUGGUUAUGGGUGGACUGAACGAACCUUCAUGAUCUGCAUCUGUCCUGUAAUAAUCUGGGCGGAGCGGUGGCACUGUGGCUAAGGACCUGCAUCUGUGGCUGGAAGGUUGCCAGUUCAAAUCCCGCGGC